UCCUUGAAGACAUAACUCUGAAAAAUUCCAACAUAAGAGCUUCCGAGUUCAGGAAAGUUCAGGUUGUGUAAACAGUGGGACGUUCUGCUGUGAGCAGCUGGUGUUUCAGGCUCAGCCCCAGAGGUUGUGUAAUCCAGAGCGAGGAGGCUGUUCCCUUAAAAGGGAAACCAAGCUUCAUUGUUGGGAGCAGAUCGGCUUAUUAAGACGUUUCACAACAACGGAGAGAUUACAUAACUCAAAAGGCUUUAAACCAGAGAAACCAGAGAAAACUCAACAUUUCCUCAGACUCCUUCCUUUGUGGUUUGUGUCUUCAGAUCUGGACGGGUUAAGUUGCGCUCUGGCCCGGCUCCUCCCUGCCGCAGCAGCUUGGAUGUAACGGGAUCCGUGUGUUUUCCACUCGCCUCCUGCCAUGGCUGCGUGGCUGUCGAGCCGAGCGCUGUCAGGGAGGCCCGGCGGUCUGCUGCCAUGGAGCCGGGUCUGCUGCCGGGAGCGGUGCCGGACCGCUCCCUCCGUCCUGCCCGCCCCGCAGGACAAGCCUCGGACCGCCUCGGACCUGCCCCGGGUCAGCUUCUGGGAGAUGCUCUACAGGAUGCUGGUCCAGGGCUACUACAACCGUCUGCAUGAGCUGCAGCUGUACGAGAAGCAGCUGUAUGGACCCAUCUACCGGAGCGGGCUGAAGUCGGUGUCGGUGAACACGGCCGAGCUGCUGGAGGAGCUGCUGAGGAAGGACGAGAAGUUUCCGUCCAGAGGAGACAUGUCUCUGUGGACGGAGUACCGAGACAUGAGGGGGUUCGGAUACGGACCCUUCACAGAGGGAGCGCGCUGGUACCGGCUGAGGGCGGUUCUCAACAAGCGGAUGCUGCAUCCCAGGGAUUCAGCUCAGUAUGACGGGGUGAUCAACGCCGUGGUGACAGACUUCAUCAAACGGAUCAAACGUCUGCGUCUCUGCAGCCCGACAGGCGACCGGGUUCCUGACGUUUCCAAUGAGCUGUAUCUGUUUUCUCUGGAAGGAAUCGCCUCCAUACUGUUUGAGACUCGACUCGGCUGCCUGGAAGAGGAAAUUCCUGCCGGAACCCAAGAAUUCAUAAACUCCAUCGCCCAGAUGUUCUCCAACAGCAUGGCUGUGGUGAUAUCGCCCAAGUGGAGCCGCAGCCUGCUGCCGUUCUGGAGGCGCUACGUCGCCGGCUGGGAGGGCAUCUUCAGCUUCGCUAAAACUUUGAUCGACAAGAAGAUGGAGGACAUUCAGCAGCGCCUGGACAACAACCAGGAUGUGGAGGGAGAAUAUCUGACGUACCUCCUGUCCAACACCCAGAUGAGCAGUAAGGACGUCUACGCCAGCGUGACGGAGCUGCUGUUAGCCGGCGUGGACACGACGUCCAACACCCUGACCUGGGCUUUGUACCAGCUGUCCAGGAACCCAGAAGUCCAGGACAGACUUUAUGAGGAGGUUUCCUCUCUGGUACCGGCGGACCGGAUCCCCAGCGCCGCAGAGGUCACUGCGAUGCCGUUUUUACGAGCCGUGAUCAAGGAAACUCUGAGGAUGUACCCUGUGGUUCCCAUGAACGCACGGAUCAUAACAGAAAAACCCAUUUCUGUUGGCGGAUAUCAGUUUCCAAAGAACACUUGUUUCACGCUCUGCCACUACGCCAUCAGUCAUGAUGAGAACACCUUUCCAGAACCGUACCGGUUCAAGCCGGAGCGAUGGCUGCGUGACGGCCGCCAGAGGCCCAACGCCUUCGGCUCCAUCCCGUUUGGCUACGGCGUUCGAGGCUGCGUUGGUCGCAGGAUCGCAGAACUCGAAAUGUACUUGGUUCUGUUUCAGCUGAUUCGUCACUUUGAAGUCCAGCCAGACCCGACGACUGGAGAGUUGAAAAGCAUCAAUCGUACAGUUCUGGUUCCAGACAAACAACUGGACCUGCACUUAGUGGACAGAUGAAGAACCAGACCUGCCUGAGUCCGACCGGUCGACUGGGCCGUUAUUAUAACCACAUAAUAACCACAGCUUUACGGGAGAGUGGCAGCAGAUCUGAAACCAAUGGGCAAAACCAAACGGCUGGUUCUCAUUUAUUACUGUAAUAAGCAAAUUUAAUAUUUUACUAUAAUCAGUUCCAGCUCCUGUGGAUGAAUCAUCAAUUA